AUGUUCGCGGAUGCGUUCGUCGCCGAGUUUGCGCCGACCCGGAGGAAAAGCGAAGGUGGGGAUCGCGUCCGGUCGCGCUUCUGUCCGGAGGGAGAGAGAUGAGAAUCACCGGUGAUGUGCGUGUGCACUUGCCUCGGGGAGGACAACGCGAGGUUCAUCCUUCUUUUCGUUCUACUCGCGGUGUACAUGCUCGCCGGCGCUGCGCUCUUCCAACAGUUGGAGGCUGACCUUGAAAUACGACAGGCGGCUGAGUUCUGGAGGGUGUACCAUACAUUCCGGCGGCACCACCUUCAAAGCAGCCCCGUCGCUCUCCAGAGACUGGACGAGCUGCUGUACGCCUACGGGAACGCCUCGUCCUCCGGUGUGAUCAACAAGGGCCGGCGAUGGGACUUCUCCGGCAGCUUCUACUUCGUGGGCACCAUCGUCUCCACGAUCGGGUACGGGAACACCGCGCCGCAGUCCACGCCGGGUAAAGUCGCCGUGAUCUUCUACGGAUUCGUCGGCUGCUCCGGCGGGAUUCUGUUCUUCAAUCUGUUCCUCGAGAGGAUCAUCACGUUCCUCGCGUGGGUCCUGCGCAUUAACCAUCAGCACCGUCUGCGGAGACGCUCGAGAUUCCUGGAGGGCCGGAAGGACUCUCUGCCGCGGACCGUCGAGAUCGACGACAACAGUUCGGACCUGGACCAAUGGAAGCCGAGCGUGUACUGGGUGAUGUUCUAUCUGUCGGUGUUCAGCUGCACGGUGGCCAGCUGCGCUGCCGCCGUUUACGCUCCGCUCGAACAGUGGGAGUACUUCGACGCUCUGUACUUCUGCUUCGUCAGCUUCGCGACCAUCGGGUUCGGGGACUUCGUCGCCACGGAGAGGGCGGAUCACUCUUACAUCUACUGGUACCGCAUCGCCAACUUUCUGUUCGUUCUGCUCGGCUGCUGCUGCACGUACUCCCUGUUGAACGUGACAUCGAUCGUGAUCAAGCAAGGGUUGAAUUACAUCAUACAGAAGAUACAGUGCCGGAACCGGCACACGUUCGCGCCGCAUUUACCGAGGAGGAGGUCCUCCGUGUCGACGAUGUACUUCUCGAAGAGGAGGGGCACCAGGGUGGCCGGAAGGGAUUCGCUGAAGGGCGACGGCUCGGAUAUACCUAGGAGGAUGUCCGGAGAGCUGAUCUCCAUGCAGGAUUUCUUCUCGGCGAACAAGGUCUCCCUGGUCGUGAUGCAGAAGCAGUUGCACGAGAUGGCUCAGUUGAGAAAGGACGGCAACAUCGCGACGGUAUCCAACGCGGGUACGCUAAAACCUGACGCUGUCGGUCCUCUGGCGAUCGUCAGCGAGAAGUUUAAAAGUAAAAUUAACAGACAUAGGUAAACGGACUAUUAGACACGGCGUAGAGGAUGACAAUAGUAUUUUAGAUAAAAGAGAGAAAAUAUAAAAUUAUUCUUGUAGCAAAUAUCUCUGUCCGGCGAAGAAUUCUUGAAUCUAACUCUUUGUACACGCAACGCAGCGCACCUAUAAUUAAUUGGUUCGUUACAAUUUGUCUGGCAUAGUGAAUCGUACGUGUGUCAGUCACUGGGUAACUUUAUUUAAGUCAUGUUUACAAUACAGUUCUCCAUGUACUCAACAACAUUAACGAACAUGCACUCUUUUGUCUUCGCUUCGCCAUAAUAUACGUCAUAUUAUGUGUACAUAAUGCAUGUAAAAUAAAUUUCGAAUCGUUUUACCUGUCGAUCUGUCGUUCGUCGCGUUGCGCUUGUUGGGUACCCGGUGAGAUUCCACAUUUGUCUCCGAUCAAACGCGAACCCCGUCUCUCCGGACGUCGCGGAUAGUUUUACAUGCAUCGUGAGAUUGACAAAGACAAAAGCAAUAUUUUUUGUUUAUUUUUUUUUCUUCGCCUAAGUAACUAUUGAAUAUCUUUCUUUCAAUUUCAACCGCGUUAUUUCAAUUCGAUGAGCGUGUGAUGGAUGCGAAUCUGUCGCGACGAGGCCUCGCGAAAAUGAAUCCGGAUUCGAUUGAGAAUCUAAGACCGAAACGUACAGACAUCUUCCUCCUCGGGAUGAGAGUGACAGAGUUGUGAAUUAUACGAGAGAGAGAGAGAGAGAGAGAUAGAGAGAGUAAACUGCGAACAAUCCAUUACGGACUACAACAUUCCCGUGUAAUCUACAGACAAUUGUUUUAUCAUGAAAGCCAAACGCGACAUGUAGAUAUGCUAUAAUCAGGUCUAUAAAAAAAUGUCGUAUCGCAUAGACGAUGUCCACGCUGUUCUAAGGUCCAGCGGGGGAUCAGCGCGUUCUCCAAAUUGAAGCCGAGUUUAAAUUUCACUUUAAACCUGACCCUUAAAUGUUCGACCAGCCUAACAUCCAUAAUUGAAUC